AAGAGAAACGACACAAAAGUUGAACAAAAGAGUCAUCUUACGAUAGCGUGUGGUCUCAUGCCAACCUCAUAUUAAUAAUAUCUAUCUAUUAUCUCUAGUCUCUAGCCCAUAAUCCUCAUAAUCACUUUACCAUCAUGGCUACCAAGGGUAUAACAGCUAAGAAGCAGCAAGAGCUGCAAACAACGUAUUCAAACUAUAAGAACACGCUGCAGCAACUAGCUCAGAAAAUCGGUGAUGUCGAGCAGGAGGCCGAAGAACACAAGCUUGUCCUUGAUACCUUGGAGCCGCUUCCCGGAGAUCGCAAGUGUUUCCGUAUGAUCAACGGCGUGCUGGUGGAGCGAACAGUUCAAGAUGUAAUCCCCGCAUUAAGAACGAAUGCCGAAGGAUUAAAGAAGGUCCUUGACGAUUUAGUCAAGCAAUACAAGAUCAAGCAGGAAGAUCUUGAGAAGUGGAAGAAGAAUAAUAUUCAGGUCGUCCAGUCAUGAGGUAAUCAUCUCUUCCGCGAUCGACGUGGAGCAGGUACUGCAGAAGUGGACGUCAUGGGCACAGUACAGCUGGAAAUGGCCUUUUUGAAG